UUACCGAAUAUGUCGUGGAUGCAUUACUGUUUCCAGUUACCAGAUAUGUCGUCAGUGUAUUUUGACCAGAGUCCGAGAGAAAUCCCAUGAAAAACAGACACUUGUAGAGUAUAGAGGGAUACCCUCCUUGUCAGGAUUGAUUGUCUGUCCAGACCAGAGUAGAGGCCCAAACUCCAACAUUUGUCAGCUGAAAUGACUCCUCAGUCACCAGUCCGAGAAACAAAAGAGAGCCGAAGCAAGCAAGAAAAGGAAGGCGAGCAGCACACGCAAUGUACAAACACAGCAGCAACAGCAUGAAUUUUGCUUGAAAUAGCUAAGCGUUAAGAAAGAAUGGAUUAAGAAAGGAUCGAAAAGCCUCAGGGAGGAGGGGGAGGAUUGUCACCGGGGAAACUGAGAAGCAUGUUACUAGGAGUGGAAAAGAAGAGAAAUCAACAAGAACAAGAGGAAGAGCUUGAAUCCUCUAACGUGUUCAGAUCUCAACUUAAUCACCUCGAUGAAACUGGUGGCGGCAGUUCUGAUAAUUGCAAAGAUGUAGAUGUUGUCAACGUGCUUCCCGAAUUCCCUGCCUCAACAACAGCUGAUUCCAGGGCUGCAUCACAGAUGGUCAGUGAUGGUAGUAGAUUGAAGGAUCAAUCUUCUGUCAAUUCAAGAAUCAGGAGCCAGGAAGUCCCAUCUUUUGAUUAUGAUAAAAGUAAUGAAACUGCAAUUGUGCUCUCCUCGAUUUCUGAUUUUCAAAAGGCUGAGCGGGCCCCACAAAGAGUACCCCUUGCUCCGUUCUCAAAACCAGCACCAUCCAAAUGGGAUGAUGCCCAGAAGUGGAUAGCAAGCCCCACUUGGAACCGGCCUAAAACAGGGCAUGCUCAGGUGCAAGGUGGACAAGGGCCGCGGAAGACGGGUAAUGCUCUGAGUCGGCAAUCUUCUACAAAGGUUGUUGUAGAAGUUCCAGAACAAAAGGUGGUUGCAUUUGAAGAACCAGAUACAAAACGGGUUGAUACUAGUCAAGCUAAGAAGGAAACUUGUCUGCAGAAACUUCAAAGUUGGGAGGCUGAUUCAUACCCAAUAGUUGAUUCCUAUGGCAAGCCUGUGCUUAUGAAUGAGAAUUCUGUUGGGCAAUCAGCAAUCAGUCUCAGCAGGCAUGAUUCAUCUUUAGCCAUACACAGUGCAACUACAUUUAUCCCGCCUCCUUCAACUGCUAGGUCUGUGUCAAUGAGAGAUAUGGGUACAGAAAUGACUCCUAUUGCUAGUCAAGAGCCUUCUAGGACAGGAACUCCAGUGAGGGCAACAACACCAAUUCGCAGUCCAACUUCUUCCAGGCCUUCAAGUCCUGGCAGAACCGCACCAGCUUCAUCUCCAACAAAUCCUCCCAAUGACCAUCUAGAUCCAAACAGGGGAUUGUCUGAAAAGGAGUUAAAACUGAAAACCAAGAGAGAAAUAAUGGUUCUAGGGACACAGCUAGGUAAAAUGAACAUUGCAGCCUGGGCUAGCAAAGAGGGGGAGGACAAGGACGCAUCCACUUCACUGAAAAUUAUAGCAGCUGAUCAACAGAGUAAAAAUGUGAUUGAAACACGUGCAGCAGCAUGGGAGGAGGCGGAGAAGGCCAAGUAUAUGGCCAGGUUUAAACGUGAAGAGAUGAAAAUUCAUGCAUGGGAGAAUCAUCAAAAAGCAAAAACUGAAGCUGAGAUGAGAAAAAUUGAGAAGGGGGAAGAUGCACCUGGUGCAUAGGAAUGCAUUGAAGCCCUCCUUCUAUACAAAGAAUUGUACGUGUAUGCUACUGAAAUUUGAACAUCUUGAAACUCAGCUAAGUGCUAAUGCAUGUUUGUAUCCUAUUAAACCAGCCAACUUGCUUCUAUGUUUGUAAAAGGAGAAAGUUGCUGUGAAACCCCCUGUGGUUUGGACCAGUUUCUGUUGUUACCCUUGGGUAGUGUUGGUCAUAUAGCCUCCUAGUGGUUUUGACUAGUUGUAUUAUCAAAGUUGUUUUAGCCUCCUAGUGGUUUUGACUAGUUGUAUUAUCAAAAUUGUUUUAGGGAUAAUCACUGGAAAGUCCUUUUGCACGAGUCAUUUGAUAUGUUGGGUCUUAAACCAGAAGCUUAAAGCAUGGUUCAUGGGUCAUCCAUAUAUAUUAAUCCUCACUUUCUUGACUUUUAACCUGUAUAGUAUAUUGACUCAAAUGCAAGACCAAAAAAAAUAUCAAGUGGUUUGGAUGGUUAUUUCAAAAGAAAUUGAACGAUGACAAAUUUGGUGAUGUGAGCUUAAAAGCAUUGUUUAUAUUGAGAAUUACAAUAUAAAUGUUUUUUUUACUAGAAAAAGGUUACUUUAUUAAGUUAAAAUCUUAUUUUAUGCCAACAUUGGGAUUAAAUGUGAAUGUAGAUGAUAUUUAGAGAGUGUUUGGCUGUGCGUUUCAA